AUUAGUCACAAACAAAAAAAAAAAUCAUGAAAUUCAUUUGCGGCGUUCCUUUCCCUCUCUGCGCCGCAGUUGCGUCUUCCUUCCCAAAUCAUAACCUCCUCGCCGCGCCGCAGUUGCGUCUUCCUUCCCAAAUCAUAACCUCCUCGCCGCGCCGCAGUUGCGUCUUCCUUCCCAAAUCAUAACCUCCUCGCCGCGCCGCAGUUGCGUCUUCCUUCCCAAAUCAUAACCUCCUCGCCGCGCCGCAGUUGCGUCUUCCUUCCCAAAUCAUAACCUCCUCGCCGCGCCGCAGUUGCGUCUUCCUUCCCAAAUCAUAACCUCCUCGCCGCGCCGCAGUUGCGUCUUCCUUCCCAAAUCAUAACCUCCUCGCCGCGCCGCAGUUGCGUCUUCCUUCCCAAAUCAUAACCUCCUCGCCGCGCCGCAGUUGCGUCUUCCUUCCCAAAUCAUAACCUCCUCGCCGCGCCGCCGUUCCGCUCCAGAUUAUUUAUAGCAGCCAUCUCCUCUGUACUGUGUUCAUCUUCAUCAUUCAAGGGGGUAGCAAAAGAUUGAGGGCUAAGAAAAAACGGUUAGCGGAAGAUCACCUAUUUCUUCUAAUGGGAUGGAGACCAUUCUGUUACCAUAGUCUUUUUUCAUCUCUUAAAAGGGUUGCAAAACCACAUUGCCUACCACUCUCACAAAGGUCAAGACUAUAUUAUGUUUCAGGUCCAAUUGUACCGCGAAAUUGUUCUAGUAGUGAUUUUCUGCUGAGUUUUCAAGCAUUGAGAUCGUAUGCUCGUGGUGCACGGGAGCCCUAUGAUCUCUUUGGCGGCGGAAGACCGGGGGAUGACGACUUCAAGAAAACCUGGGCAAAGGAGAUGGAUGAAGACAACACUCUAUGGACAGGAAGCGAGGAUGAAAGCGAUGAAGACAAUGAUUCAAAGAGCCGUCUUCAUAAAGAUAUUAGAAAAGCAAGACAGGAAGCUAAGAAACAUGCGGACCUGGUUGAUGCUGAUGACAGUGACGAGUUAAGAAGUGUUUGGUCUGGUAGUGACGAGGAAAAGACGCUGUGGACCGGAGAUGAGAUGGACAGUGACGACGAUGUUCCUACAGAAGCUUACCCAAAUGAAAGAAGCGAUAAGCACAUAGAUAAGAUUUUUGAGUUUGAUGAAAUGCCGAAAUACAGAACCAUCUCUGAGCUUUUGAAAGCCGAACAAGAACCAGAGGAGUUGUCGCCGGGAAAGCAAGCUAGGAAGAUCGCAGUCGAGAAUGCUUUGAAGAAAUUAAAGAAAGGUCCAGAUGGGAGGUAUACUAAUACAUGGGAAGUUAUGAGUGAUUUAGAUAUUCUCAUUGGCGCAUUUGAAAACGUUGUUUCGGGACCUGAGUAUGAAGAGCUUAGACAAGGAGGGCCUAAACAGCUGAAUCUUCAAUUUUUUAAAGACAUACAAGCAAGAAUGAGAGAUCCGAAUUACAAAUUCUCGCCCGAGCUAAAAUUGAAACCUAAGAGUAAACUUGUUACUAGAAAGAAAUGGCAAAAGACAGAGUCUAGAAGGAGGAAAGCACAGAGGAGGUAGAGUAGUCUUAGACUUGUUGUCGCAAAAUGGAAUCAGAAGUUUGGGGCUUGUAAUGUUACUAAUAUCCUUUCUACUGUUUAUCCAACUUAGAGGUAUAAAAUUAUUAGAGAUGAAUCUAUUAAGCUAAUCUUCCUAUUAACUA